GUGUUUGUUUGCUGUGUUUAGGAUCGAGGAGGUGGGGUGGGGUGGGGGGCACCCUGGACAGGGCAGAGCUAGGGAACCGGAGAAGAGGAAGAGAGAAAGAGAGAGAGAGAGAGAGAGAGAGAGACAAAGUGGAUGAGAUCAGAAGCAGCACAUCCCAAGCUGGAAAUGCCCGUCAGGUCUGAGUCUGUCAGCUCGCCCGCCAAUCAGAGCCUUCGUUAAGAGCGGCGUGGGCGCCAGAUUGGGAGAAGGAUGGCCACCAUGCCAUUUGUCAGUGAGGGGAAGUGUGUGAGCGUGGAAUGGGAUUUCCUGCAAGGACUUCUGGCCAAGCCUCCUACCCUGCCCUGUCUGCAGAACCUGCGCAAAGAGAAGUCGCGCAAUGCGGCCCGGUCGAGACGCGGGAAGGAGAACUUUGAGUUUUUCGAGCUGGCCAAGAUGCUGCCCCUGCCCGGCGCCAUCACCAGCCAGCUGGACAAGGCCUCCGUCAUCCGGCUGACCAUCAGCUACCUGCACAUGCGAACCUUCGCCAGUCAGGGGGACCCGCCCUGGAGCCCCCUGCUGGAGGGAGACAGGAACUGUAGCAAAGUGAGACGGUCCUCACAUUCGCUGGCCACUGACAUCUUCGAACAGCACCUGGGGGCGCAUCUCCUGCAGUCUUUGGACGGCUUUGUGUUCGUGGUCAGCCAGGAGGGACGCUUUCUUUACAUCUCAGAGACAGUUUCUAUCUACCUGGGACUCUCGCAGGUGGAGCUCACGGGCAGCAGCGUGUUCGACUACAUCCACCCGGCCGACCACGUGGAGAUGGCCGAGCGGCUGGGGAUCAGGCCCCACCUGCGGGCCGAGGCCGGCUGCCAAGUCGGCCCCGAGAGCGCGCCCUCCAGUUCGGCCUCCGCCUCCUCCCUGGCCGGCACGCCCGAGCCCAGCGCAGCGCCAUCCAGUCCUCACUCUCCCGCUGAUGAACCCCCCGACCGCGGCUUCUUCAUUCGCAUGAAGUCCACGCUCACUAAAAGAGGUCUGCACGUCAAAUCCUCCGGAUACAAGGUGAUCCACGUGACCGGGAGAAUCCGCUACCGGAUCACGAUCGUUCCGGGCUCCGCGCGUACCGUGCCCCGGCCCCUGGGGAUGGUGGCGCUGGCUCACACGCUGCCCCCCUCCACGCUCAAUGAGGUCCGCAUGGAGAGCCACAUGUUUGUCUUCCGGGUCAACAUGGACCUGCAGGUCACAUACUGCGAGAACAGGAUUUCCGACUAUAUGGACCUGACGCCAGCAGAGGUGGUGGGACGUACCUGUUACCACUUCGUUUAUGUGGAGGAUCUGGAGAACCUGCGGCAGAGCCAUGAAGACUUGCUGAGGAAAGGCCAGGUGGUGACGGGCUACUACCGCUGGCUCCAGAAGAGAGGCGGCUACCUGUGGAUUCAGUCCACCGCCACCGUGUCCAUCAAUCACAAAGCUCCUCACGAGCGCAACGUCAUCUGGGUCAACUGCGUCCUCAGUCGAACGGAGCUGCCCGACACGCCUCUGGAUCUGCUGCAGCUGCCGGAGAGCGUCAGAGCCGAGCGACUUCGAGUGAGCUCCCCUCCCGCAAACAGCUCCCCGCAGGACCGAGGCUCGCAGCCAACAAAAAGCUCAGCGGGGAAGAAUGACCCUGACACGAAAGCCCGAGAAAAAUUCGCCACGGUCGCCGUCCAGCCCGAGAACAGGAGGAAGCGCCCGCUGAGGUCCGAGCCCGAGGGCGCCCCCACUGAGAGCCGCCGCCGUCUGGAGGAGCUGCGGCACGCCGAGGAGAGCGUGUCGGCCUCCUCGGACCUGGCCAGCGAAAGCGAGGGCGAGGAGGAGGAAGAGGAGGAGGAGGAGGAGGAGGAGGAGGAGCCCGAGUGGGAGCAGGGGGGUGACGGUGAAAAAUUGAAACAAGAAGACGGCGGAGGGAAGCCGAGCAGGGGGCCGCACGCCCCGACGAGAGGUGAGAGGGGAGGCCGGGUGCACAACGGGCGGGCGGUGAUCCAGCAGCUGAAGAGUGUGGUGACCCCGUCCCCCUGCAUUAAGACUGAACACGAGGCCCUGGCCACCGGGGGGCGCUGGGGAUCGCAUAGCAGCCAGCCCCAACCCUCUCACGCGCACACCCCCUCCAGCAGCCUCAACGGCAACAGUCCCAACACCCCCAUACUCGACCCCUCCUCCAGCAGCGAAGCCCACCCAAAGGCCCUCUUCACCCCUCCUUCCCCUGCCCUGUCCCCCGUCAUGCCCGUGUCCUCCCCCCUUCCCCGGGAGGAGAGGGCCCUGCCGGGGACGGUCAGCCGGGGCGGCGCACCGGGCGGGGGCCCCGACUUGGAGCUCCUCCAGAGACUGGCCGCAGGGGGCGCGGCGGGGCGGGUCCUCUUCCAUCCCCUCGCCCUGGGCCCCCAGGGACCCCAGAGCCUGUACGCCCCCAGCACCAUCCGCUACGCUCCCCCCGAGCUUCCCCACUCCCACCAUCACGCCGUCGCACACGGGGACGGCCUGCAGCUGCGCUCGGACCACCACAAGGGCCCCCCGCCGGCGUUCUUCCCCCACCUGCAGCGCCUGGCCGGCCUGCCGCCCUUCAGCGGCUUCUCCCCGUCGGACAGCCCCUUCUCCUCCGGCCUACCCUUCUGUAUGAACGGACUGCGCGGGGCCGCCGGCUCUGAGGAGGACUGAGAUCAUGAAGAAGACGUUGAAAAGCGCACAAGCGUCAGGACGUUAAUCCUCGGAGGACGUCGCUAAUUGGACGAUGUUAAAAGUGUGACAGGACGUUUAUUUCGGCGCCGCACAAGUUGACAGCGACUCGACCACUUUUGAUGGGAGCUCCCACGAGACUUUUAUGACAAAAUAAUGAACUGCGCGUGUCUAUCGCCAGACCACUUCUGUGUUUCUUCCACCCAGAGAAGCCAUAUUGUAUAUAGUGACAACAACCAUGAUGACCCUCAGCUCACAUAGCACCCCCACCUCGCCCGCAACUUUCACCCCAAUUAACACAAUUAACCCUCUCCCCGGUAGGGGAAAAAAAAAAAAAAAGAGAGAUGGACACUUGUAGGAGUGGAUUUUUAUUAUUGCAGUAUAUAUAAAUCAUCUUUUUGGGGGACUUUGAUUCUAGGGGUUACUUCAUAAUACAUUUUUGUAUUGAAAUUCAAAAUCAUUACAAAAAGAGUCAUAUUAAUUAAAAGCACACUGUUGGGGACACAAAUAUAAUUAAUAAUAAUAAUACGCCCAGAGAGAAGAAGAAAAUGGAAUUUAAACAAAAUGCUUUUUUUCUCGUGAAAUUAACUUUAUUAAGGAUUAAUAAUAGUACUGUCAAUGCAACGUCAUCCUGUAUGUGUAUGAAAGCCAUAUUUUUGUUUAAUUGUGUUGUUUCUACGUAAAGGCAAUGAAAGGAUGAAGAUUUUACUGGUUGCACAAUAUCAUCAGAAUAUCUUUUUAUCAUUUCAAAAGGUAGGAAAAGUUUUUGGUUUUUUUUUAGCACUUAACUGACAAUUCUAACUCGAAGCACUUCACACAGCUUAAUGUCGUCCUGUUAAAACAGAAAACAACGCAAGCGCAGUCGCCAUAUCGUAGCCGCCGUGCCGCGCAGCAGCCGAGGGAAUAAAUAGUCAUUGAUGAAGUAACGGAGCAUAAAAACGGGUCAUAAAAUGACAGCCAUUAAAGUCACAGUUGGGUCAGGAGACACUUUCAGUAUCAGUUGACUGGGGAAUAAAGCCCCAUCAGUCACUUUUACAUGUGGUGGGAUUUCACUGAAGAAUAAAAAUGGGGGGGGGGGGGGGGG